GUUGUUUUAGUAUACUUUUGAGUGAGAGAUAACGGUGAAGAGAGAAAUGAGUAAGUUGUGCAUUUUGGUGGUUUUGGCUCUUGCUGUAGUUGCAACAAGUGCAAGAAAUGUGCCUGCUGGAGAGGGUGGUUUGAAGGACGAAAAGACCUUUGGUGGGUUUGGUGGUUUUUCAGGAACUGGUAACAAUGGUUUUCCUUUUGGAGGCGUAGGAACUAGCCGUGGUGGUGACGCUGGUGGUGGUGGACUGGAUGGAAUAGUAGGUAGUAGUGGUGGACUCGGCGGAAUAGGAAGUGGUGGACUAGGCAAUGGUGGUAUCGGUGGAAUGGGAGGUGAUGGACUCGGUGGAACAGGAAGUGAUGGACUCGGAGGAUUCGGCGGGCCAGGCGGUGGUGGACUGGGUGGACCUAGCGGUGGUGGUCUAGGAGGUUCUGGUGGUGGUGUCUUUCCUCAUCCUUGAAUGAUAAGUUAAUUACUAUGGAAUUGAUUAUAUUUUACUAUUCUUAAGAAAAUAAAAGACAAUUAUAGCGGGCAUCGCAAUUGUCUAAUUUAGUGUUUUAUUAUGAUUAUAUUUUCACCUACAGAAUGAGUGUUAGCUAGUACUAGUUUGUUAUGUUAUGAUGUGUUGUUCUUUCUAAUUUCUAAUGUAAUGUAAGGGAUAUACAUUUUAUGAAA